CCUAGUUGACUCACUCCGACUGGGUCUUCCCAUAGACUUUCUGAAGUCUUCCCUGUGGAGUGUGCGGUCUGUAACCUGCUUUGCUUCCCCGUACUGCAAAUGUUAGGGUAUUAUCGAGCCAUGAACACAUCAAGACUCAAGACCGAGCAUCGAUCUGCUGCCAAUUUUCAACCUCUUUUCUGCCGAGUUUGAUUUGGAAGUGGCUAUGCUUAGUUUGUCUUUUGAGCAGGUGAAGAGAGUUAGGAGCAUCUGGAUUAUCGAUGAAGAAGUUGAAUGGAUAAAAAAAAGGAAUGUCCAUCUACAAAUCAAUCCAUUUGUUACGAAUGAUCUUUGUUUAGUGUAAUGAUUGUUUGUUAAUAUCGUGCAUUUUAGGUCAAUUAAGACGAAUGUGCUAUAGUUAUGUUAGGGAUGCUCAUAGUGAAUUGAUAUGCAUCGUAGUGAUUUGAUGACGGUCCUGUCUCGAAUUUGGAAUCUGUAGGCCGUAGGCAUUGCACGUGUUUGGUAGUUGGAUGAUUGCUGUGAUUGUUAGAUAUGACUUAAGUGAGAUUUGGCCUCUGCAGAGGGUUUUUGCUUGGUAAUUGGAUUUGCAGGGAUGAAGAGGUUUAAAGGAGAGCCUCCUGUGAGGUUCAAAUUAUUAUACCUUUUAUUUGGUGCAGCUGUGUUUUAUAUGAUUCUUAUUUUCUUCAAGUUUCCUGAAUAUUUGGCAAGUGCAUCUGUUUUAAGUGAUGGAGGUAGUAAUGGUGAAAUAGAUGGAUUCUUAGUUGGGGAUGUGGAGGAUUCACGAAAGAGGAAAUCACAUAUCAGUUCUGAUGGAUUCCAGAGAAUAUUACAGAACAAUGAUAUUCAAGAUGCUUUUGUAAAGCCCCCACUAGAAGCUUUGAAAGAGAGGAUUAGUCAUAGGCUUCUGCCGGUAAAACUGCCCCCGAGAAACUAUGGUCAAAUAACAACUGGUAACUUACUGAGGCUGAUGAAUAAAACUCGUAGCUCAGCUGUGCUGGAACGAAUGGCAGAUGAGGCUUGGGCUUUGGGGUUGAAGGCUUGGGAGGAAGUUGCUGAAUAUGAUGAAAAGGAGAUAGAUACGAGGGCUAUACUUGAAGGGAAGCCCGAGUCAUGUCCGUCAUGGUUUUCGAUGAAUGGAGAUGAAUUAGUCCAGAGAGAUUCUAUUUUGUUCCUUCCGUGUGGACUUGCUGUGGGCUCUUCCAUUACGGUGGUGGGAACUCCACGCAUUGCUCACCAUGAAAAUGUACAGCAGCUAGCAAGAUUGAGGCCUGAUUCCGCACUGGUUUUGGUGUCGCAAUUUAUAGUUGAAUUGCAAGGAUUGAAGGCUGUGAAUGGCGAGGAUCCGCCGAAAAUUUUACAUUUGAAUCCCCGACUAAGAGGCGACUGGAGUCAUCUACAAGUUAUUGAGCACAAUACUUGUUAUAGGAUGCAGUGGGGAAAGGCUCAGAGGUGCAAUGGCAGACCUUCCAAAAGUGAUGACAAUGACGAUGACGGCGACGAUGAUGAUGAUAUGCUAGUUGACGGUUACAUGCGGUGUGAGAAAUGGAUGCGUGCUGAUAUCUUAGAUUCAAAAGACUCCAAGAGGUUUUCAUGGUUUGAGCGAUUCAUAGGACGUGCCGAAAAGCCAGAAGUAACCUGGCCAUUUCCCUUUCAGGAAGGGCGGAUGUUUGUUAUGACAAUACUUGCUGGAGUCAAUGGAUUUCAUGUAAUUGUUGGUGGUCGUCAUGUGACAUCAUUUCCAUAUCGAACGGGAUUUACGCUCGAAGAUGCAACAGGGCUAGUAAUCAAAGGCGACGUUGAUGUUCGUUCAGUAUAUGCUACUUCUCUCCCAGCCUCCCAUCCAAGUUUCUCACCCCAGAGAGUGCUAGAAUUCUCUGAGAAGUGGAAAUCCUUCUCUGCACAGUUAAGUGAUAUUCGACUUUUUAUUGGGGUUCUAUCCGCCACUGAUCACUUUGCAGAGCGUAUGGCUAUAAGAAAGACAUGGAUGCAAUCUGAACCUGUCAAGACAUCCAAAGUUGCUGUUCGCUUCUUUGUUGCACUGAAUUCAAGGAAAGAGCUGAAUGCAAUUUUGAAGAAAGAGGCUGCUUAUUUUGGGGACAUAGAGAUUUUGCCGUUUAUGGAUCGUUACGAGCUGGUAGUUCUUAAAACUAUCGCCAUUUGUGAUUAUGGGGCGGGGAAUGUCUCGGCAGCUUACAUCAUGAAGUGUGAUGACGAUACUUUUAUUAGGGUCGACAAAAUUUUAGAAGAUAUUGAACACUUGCAACCGGGAGGAUCAUUGUAUUUGGGCAAUCUAAAUCUUUGGCACCGGCCUCUUAGGAACGGGAAAUGGGCAGUCUCUUAUGAGGAGUGGCCUGAGGAGAUUUAUCCACCUUAUGCUAAUGGACCCGGUUACAUAAUAUCGAACGAUAUUGCUUCAUACAUUGUGGCACACCGUGCAAAGCGUAGUCUACGGCUAUUCAAAAUGGAGGACGUGAGCAUGGGACUGUGGGUCGAGAUGUUCAACAUCACGAAGCGCGUGAGCUAUUCUCACACCUCGAAAUACUGUCAAUUUGGCUGCAUGGAGGACUACCACACGGCGCACUACCAAUCGCCCCGACAGAUGAUCUGCUUGUGGGACAAUUUGAUCAAUGGCCACGCUCAUUGCUGUAAUAUUUGAGAUUUGUAUGAAGAUUGGAUUUGGAGAUUCUGGGGAAAUUAUAUUUAUAGCCCACCCAGGAAUGGACUUAGAUCUCGAAGCAUUUUAGUAAGUUGUUUACAUUGUUCUUGUUGAUUUUGAUGCUGCUGAUUGAUAGAUGAUAGAUGAUAGACUCUGGCACUUACAAAAAAUAUCUGGUGAAAGAAGUAUGUAUGAGAUAAGGUCGACAUCGGAAAGGAUCAUUAAAAAAAACUCCACGUGGCUGUCAGAGGUUGCCCCAAAGCCAAGCAAUUUUGCAAUCACUUGGAGGAUGGGAUAUUUAUCUGUCGGCAGGCAGAGUGCUGGAAUGAUUUUCUGUAUUUACACGUUAGUAUAUGUAUUUAAAACAUUAUUUUGUCGCCGUUUAUCAAUUCUUAUUUUUUAAAAUAUUAUAUUAAUUUAUUCUAAUUUUUAUUAUCUCUGAGUUGAUUCAGAAGUCAAAAUAGUUCCAAAACAUAUCAAAAUUUGAAUCUCUAAUUGUUUGUGUAUUUUAUUUUUAUUUUCAAAUUAUUACUUUACAUCUGGCUUUAUCGCUUUUGCCAAUUUUAGCGGUCGCAGUCACAUUUAUCCGUACAGUGUAAACUUGCUUGCCGACAAUUUUAUUAUUCAAUAUUGCUUAAUGAACCAACAAAGUGGAGAGUAUUAUAUAAAGUAAACCAGCAAUUCAUUCAAUUUUAACGAUUAAAAAAAAAAAAAAAAGCAUAAAAAUAA